UAAAUCUCCUGACGAAGAAGUACGCGUGUUUGUGCUAGCAUGGCGGCCAAGAGGGUGAAGCGCGUGGCAGCGGGACAACCUGGCUUUCUGUCGUUUAAACCACCGUCCGAUCAUGAUGAUUUGACAGGCGGGCGGAGGAAGCGUGUAAAUAAGAACAAGAAAAAGAACUGGAACAAACACAGCGAUAUUCAGGAUGUCGAAGAGUUUUUGGAUGAUGUGAGACUUCAGGAAAGGGCCACGGGAGGCCUGAUAUCAGAGAAGUCCGAUGAAAGUCUAUUUUUCUUGGACGUUGGAGAACAGAGGAAACCUAUCCAAGAAGAACCAGAGGAGAAGGGGAAGAGGAGGAGGUCGAAGCCCCUGAGGAUAGACCUGAUUUUGCAGCAUGACUCCCUCGUCCCUGCACCCAAAGAUAUCAUGGCCUACCAGCAGCCGAACGCCAAGAAGCUGCGGCGCACUGCGGAGAGACUCGAGCAUCUGGCCGCCAAGGGCAAGAUGCCACGGAGGCAGAAACGCCUGUUGAAUCGCAGGGCGGCCACGGCGGCAACAGCAACCAAGAAGCAACCAGUGGCCAACAACCAUCCUGACAGACCGUAUUAUGACCUGUGGGGGGCUGAAGCCAAAGAGACCGCAGACCCUUAUUUCUUGGAACAGACUGGCAAGAAACGCGUCAAGAGACCAGAGAAGCUGAACGAGAAGCCGUCCACCCUCCCUGCUGUGGAGGUCAUCGCUCCAGGAGGCUCUUACAACCCCGAGUUCUUCUCGCAUCAGGCCCUGCUGCUGGAGGCCCAUGAGGUGGAGGUGAAGAAGCUGAAGCAGGAGCUGCGGCUGGAGAAACAGCUGGCCGUCAACAGAGAGGACACCGCCACAGAGGAGACGGUGUUCCAGGAGCAGGUGGAGGGCCUUCUGGAGGAAGAGGAAGGGGAGGAGCCAAACGAGGAAGACGAGAUGCCUGUGGGCGCGGUGCCACAGGAGAAGAAGACGGAGAAGCAGAGGAAGAAAGAAAGAAUGGAGAAGAUCAAGGAGCAACAGCAGCAUAGCCUGCGCACCCUGACUGAGCGCCACCAGCAGCUGUUCCAGCUGCGCUCCAUCCAGGCCUCCCUGAAGCAGCGGGAUCAGACCACCAGGGAGAGGCAGAAGCGGCGACGUGCCAAGAUGGAGGCCCAGAAGUCUUUGCCUCGACGCCUCGGCAGGCUCAAGUUCCAGGCCUCAGACCUCGAUGUGCAGCUGAGUGACGAGAUCCCAGGCUCCCUGCGCACUCUCAAGCCAGAGGGCAGCAUCCUCAAAGACCGCUUCAAGAGCAUGCAGAAGAGGAACCUGAUCGAGCCCAGAGAGCGAGCCAAGUUCAAGAGGAGGCACAAGCUGAAGUACACAGAGAAGAGGGCUUUCAAGGAGAUCACUUAAUCCCCCCCUCCACCAACCAGUCAGACUGCCCUGCCCCAUCCUCCUACCACCACACAUUACACCCAUUCUGGAUUAUCAGCCCAACUUGUACAAUUAAAACCUAUUUCAGGCCUGGUAAACGGUCCUGAUGUAUUUAUCUGAGGUCUCUGAGCAGGUGUCUGACUCCAGCUUUAGCUGCUCUGGUACCUUUAAAAAAAAAUUGUGGAUCUCUCCUUCAGCUAGGGGGUUUGAGGACUAUUCUUCUUCCUUCUGCCCUCUCCUUGGUAACCUCUGAGCUGAAACACGGGGGAAGAUGAGGGUGUGUGCUGUUGGGCCUGGCUUUCACUCAUCCAGUCACAUUAGAUCAGUGUUUAUAUACUCAGGCACGAGGGAAGCUGGGCUCCAGCUUGAUUAUUGAGAGGGAAAUCUCUGGGGUCCUUAACUUGACCUCAAUUUGUGCUUCAGUGAUGUCACAGACUGGCAAUCCAUCACCCAUGCUGUUACCACCGUAAUAGAGCAGGUCUGACUAGGUCAGGUGUCCGUUUGGUGGUUGUGUCGGGGCAGCACCAUGGAUUCCCCAGGGGACUCUUGAUUGGUGGAGAGUCACAGCAGGUUGUCACCUUGCCAACGUCUGCCUGAGGGAGAGCAGGAGUCUGAGACGCUCCCAUCACGUGGCUUCUCACCAGUCACGUCGCUCCGCACUGGCACCUCCUCUAUCCUGCCUGGCUCCUCCCCUGUUGUGUUGGUCCCUUCUGCGCCGUUGGAGAAUAAGCAUGUGCCUUCCUCCAAUCCCGUGUGUGGGAGAUGAGGGCAGAGAAGGGUUAGUUGGGUGUAAAAGACAUGUAAUCCUGGACUUUACCUAUGCCAAGUUCACAUUUGGCAGAGGACUCUAGGCAGUUAGACCAUUGGACCCGACAUGGGAGUUUUAAUUGUCUGUUGAAUUUACAUGGGUUCUAUUGCUGCAGUACUUAAACUGCAGCAAUAUGUUUUUGAAAAUAAAAUGAUUGUUGAAAGC